GUUACGGCUGGGCAAGAUGGCGGCGGCGACGCCGAGGUGGGAGACCUGGGUCCGCUGGCUGGCCUGCGGCCUGGGCCUGGUGCUGUCGGUCUACGCCUUCCACGUCGAGACCUCCAAGGAGCGGGACGCAACCUAUCGGGCCAUGUGCGACCUCAGCGACUCAAUCAGCUGCUCCAAAGUCUUCACCUCCAGGUGGGGCCGAGGUUUCGGGAUGCUGGGAGCCCUUGUGGGGCAUGACAGUACCUUAAACCAGCCGAACAGCGUGUACGGACUCCUCUUCUACCUCCUCCAAGUUCUCCUGAGUUUGACAGACAGCGCCAUGGCGGCCAUCGCCCUCGCUGCCUCCUCGGUUGUGUCGUUGGCGGGCUCGCUGUACCUCGCUUACAUCCUCUUCUUUGUGCUGCACGACUUUUGCCUCGUCUGUGUCACCACCUACGCCCUCAACGCGCUGCUGUUCGUCCUCAACUACAAGAGGCUGGUCCACCUCAAUAGCGGCUGGCAACAAGAGAAGGGCAAGCAGGAGUGACCGAGUCCAGGGUCCUUGCCGGGACUCGACCGCGGUUUGCCGGGGUGCGGGGUUGGUGCGGAGCGAGCCAGCGGCUGGUGUGGGUGGGGUGGUGGAGUCAUUGCAGGAGAGGGUAAUUGGAGGAGAG